AUGUUAUACAGCUCCAUCCGCUACGGCAGGAACUGCACCGGCACCAAUGAGACAGUGAAGCCACUCGGACCGUGCGUCACGCCGCUUGGCACCAUCCUCGGCGUCUUCAACGGCGUCUUUGGCUACAGCAACUGCAAUGACAGCUACGUGUCGACCGAGCUGAGGUACAUCAACCUGACGGUUCCGGAGCUGAACAAUGAGACAGGGCAGCUAACCUACAUCUCUAAGCAGUUCUACACGGGGCUGGCGUGGCAGUGCGUUGAAUACGCGCGGCGAUACUGGAUGCAGCGCGGAACCCCGCAGCCCGCGUACUUCGAUUCCGUUCUAGGAGCCGCGGACGUUUGGAACCUGACUUUUGUGAGGCUCCUGUCGAAUGCAUCGAUAACGCUGCCGCUGCGCAGGUAUUGGAACGGCGACCGCGUGACGGACAACCACCAGAUACCCGCCAUCGGCGAUAUCAUCAUCUACCCCGUCCAAGAUGGCGGCUUUCCCUACGGCCACGUCGCCGUCAUCGCGAAUGUGGAACUGUCGACGCACGGCGCCAUCUACGUGGCUGAACAAAACUGGGCUAACGCCGUGUGGUCAUCGCCGCACCACAACUACACCAGAAGGAUUCCUAUGUUCUACGACAUGCUGACCUCCACCAUCACGCUUGAUGAUUCAGAACAUCAAAUCAUCGGGUGGAUGCGCUACGGCUGA